CAUUAGAUAAUAUUUUCCAAGUAAAAAAAUAAGCAAUAACAAAAAUCUUUAGUUUAGAAACAUGUAAGGGUGUGAUUUUUUUUAAUGAAAUUAGGUCAAAUGGUGGAGCGAUAGUGGUGAAAUUUGAGAUUAAGUUAAGAUUAGAGCAAGAGACGAAAAAUGACUGUAGAAGUGAGUAUGAGAUGUGGGAGAGGGAGUUGUUAUUUACACAGGGUGGAGCUGACAAAUGUAAAUUGGCUGACAUAUACACUCUACAUAUAUGUACAUAGACACUACAUUAUACACACCACAACAUACAGACAUACAUUUAAUCAAACAUACACAAAUGCACGCAUACAUACAUGAAAAUGCCACGUACACCACUUGUUGGCAUAUUGACAAUUGUCGCUGCAGCACUUGGACGAACCAAGUUUCCGUCGCUGUUUUAGCAAACGGAGCUAACAGAUAUUCCUGAGACAAAGACUUUAAACUACAAUUGAAACUCAGUUAUCGAAUUUGAUUUAAUAUGAAAUGCCAAACAAGAAAUACUUCAAGAAAACUUACAACUACGAAAAAAGCUUUCUGGAACUCAACAACAAAAAGGGAUGAAGAAGGAAUGGACAAUAAAAGACGUAAAGGAGAAUAUAAAAGGAGGGAAAUAAUUGCAAGACAUGAUGUUAUGGACAAACGCGUAUAUUAUACAAGACGUAAAGCAUAUCAAAGCAAAAUUAAUUUCUUGAUAAAUUCUAGGGUAAAAAUAUGUACUUUUUUAAAGUAUGUAGGCUUGAAUGAAAAUGAUUUUCUGAAAGAUUUUAAACAGAGAAUAGAAAUUGUAACGAAAGAUCUUUACAAUCAAGAAUUCAUUAAUUUUGAAAAACUUGAAUUGUUCCUGGAACACUAUUUAGAGAGAAAUAUUUUACAAGAAAAACACAAGACCAUUCCGGCAUCAGAAACAACCGCAAAAUUUCGGCCUCUUUGUGCAGUUGUGACCAGAGAAGCAAAGAUCGAGGAAUCUCGUGAAGAAUUUGCCAACAACACAAUAUCCAAUAGCGUCAUCAUACAAAACGGGAUAAUAACAUAUUCCCGCCAUUGUAUGACAAUAUGUUGUGCGACAACAGACGGUGACACAAAUGUUGUUCAUUGUCCAUCUUCUGUCACCGAUUUAACCAGAAUCAGUCAUGACACAGUUCUGGCCACCCUCCCUUUCCGCAAAUUAAUUCUUAUUAUCAACCCUUUCAGUUUUAAAAUCACAAGGAUUCAGUUAGGAUUAUACUUGGUUUCUUUUUUAGAACAUUCUACGUUUAUAGGUGUAGAAAUGUUCGGUAGGACCAUAUACGUCAUUGAUUGGGAAAAUAAUAGAAUUAAAUUUGAAUUCAUUACCAAAGAAACACCUACAGAUAUUGCUGUAGGUACACAGAAUAAACUCUUAUUAUCAUUUUCCAGUAUUAACAGGGUUACCUGUUAUAAUCUGGACGGCCAGCAGUUAUUUGAGGUAGACACCAAUUCACUUGACUUCCCAAUCCGUAUCACAGUAUACCAAAACCAUUUUUAUGUUCUCCAGGGAUAUAUUGUUUAUCGAAUUUCAGGUAGAGGUGCUGUGACAACGAGAGAAAUUGGAAGGAAAUGCCGCCAUAUUUCUGUUGGCAAAGAUUAUAUUUUUGUAACCGAUUAUUUUGAUGUCCUUCAUAUCAUUAGAACAAAUGAAUACUUUUGGCCUAGGAUGUCAUAUAACCACCUGUUGCGUACCCCAAAUUUGAACAACCAUAUUUGUAUUGAAGAUUGCUACAACAUUACAAAUAUUCUACCUAUGUCUACAUCUUCUAUAUUAAUAACUUACAGGAAUAAAAAAGCCAUGUUAGUCACUGAUACUGGGGAAAUAACUAGCCAAAAUAAUUUAACUUUCCUUGAGCUUCCUUCUAUCUUUUGCAGAAUAAACUCUAGCAGAUUUCUAGUCUUUUAUCAUGAAAUAAAAGGGCUUCAGUAUAUCACAUGCCCUGAAUUAAACGAAGGCCCUUUAAUAAAGGUCCAAACUGAUUAUAUUAGAAUAUGUCAUAUUGUAUCAAAUAAGUGUUUAGCUCUGACCACCAGUGAAAGCAUAAACGAGGUCCAUAUCCUACUGAUCAAGGAGGACAAAGUUAUUAUCAUAGAAAAAAUGUCUCUAGAACAUUCUAAUGUCACCAUUGCUGCAACACCAAUCAAUUUUGUAAUCGUAGACAGAAGGAAGAAUAAAUUGGUAUUUUACUCAACAUCUGGUGAAGAACUUUUUGAAAAAUUCUUUCCAUUCUAUGGCUACCCUCAUCACAUCUAUUCUGAUAAUAUUUAUUUUUAUGUCUUUUUCAAGAGACUGUCUAUUGUGAUAUGUUAUGAUAUAUAUGGAAACAUUAAAUGGCAGUGGAAACUACCUUUCCCUGUUCACCCUCACAUUGCUGUUUUCCAAGGAACUGUUUAUCUACCGGACACUCAACUCAACAGGGUCCUUCUUUAUAAGUAUCAUGAUUGGCCUGGCUGUUGUUUACACACAAAAAAUCCUUAUAUCAGAAAUCUAAAUAUACAACUCAGAGAAGAGGAAAAUGACAAAGUUGUCAUUGCCGAAAUAUGUCAGCUGGCAAAUGGACAGUUGGUGGUGUCCGACAUCAACCAUGAUUGCUUGUUAUACAUUUCUAAUGAAGGAGACAUUGUGUCCAGAUUAUCUCUGCCGUCUACAGCUACAGAUAUAUGUCGAUGGGAUUCUCAUCAAAUAGGUGUCACAUUACCCCUACAGAAACAAUUAAGGGUCAUUGGAAACCUAUCAAAGACAGUUAGAAGUGUAUCAUUAAGGCAGCCUUAUGUACGGGUGUGUAAGAUGGGUGAAGGUGAAAUUGUUUGUUAUUGUGAUAAAUCAUCACAUUUAGAUAUUCUAGUCAUUAAAAACUAUAAUCAAGUUGAAAUAAUUCACAGAAUUAAUAUCCCUUUUUUUGUGAAAUCAUUAUCAAUAGAAAAUGAAACACUAAAGCUAUUAAUUAUUACUAGUAGAAAAGCUUUUCAGUAUAACACAAGUAUCGAUGGUGGUGGUCAUGGCAGUAAUACUAGUUGUGGUAGAAGUAUUAGUAUGAAGAUGGUCCCCAGUGUUUUAAUGUCCCAAGUGAAACGUCCCCUCAAUCUCUAUGGAGGAUCUAUUGAUAAAAUAUCUGUUUAUCUGAUAGACAACAGCCGUAUGUUCGCUAUAAACGAUCAUAAUUUGGUGGUUAAUGAUCUCGUUACAAAUAAUCAGCUUAAUAUUUAUAUCGACCUUGUUGAUGUAUUUUCCAGAAACAUUUGUGCCAGUGAAAUGUUGUCUUCUAUGUCAUAUCUACAGGAUCUGACAGUUUCUGAUAAGGUUAGAAAUAUUCAUAUCCCUCAAUGUUUGGAAGAGGACGGGUUUCCGAACACUAAAUGUUGGGCUCUUAUUGAAAAUAACCUGAUUGUGGAAUAUGACUCAAAUACUUUAAACAUUAGGUUAUUCACAUUUGAUGGCCAACUUCAGGAUUCUAUCAAAUUUAAUGUUGGUCACUUUAUCAAUAUAUGUCGAUGGCAGUCAAACACAUUGGUUAUUACUGCUCGAAGUUCUGGUGAUAAUAAUAAAUAUAAAAUUUUAACAUUAAAAUUGGAAUUUCCGAUGUCAUUUGUGAUUUACCAGACAGAAAAUAAAUAUGAAUGCAUUGCUUCUUUAUCAAAUAAUCAAUUGGUGUGCAGUAGAAGGGAUGAUGAAUGCAGUUUCUAUGUCAUUGAUAUUGACGAAAUACAUUCGACCGUGAAUGAAAUAAAAAAAAUAGAUAUACCUGAAACUUUAUUAUUAAGAAAAUGGCAAUAUGAUGAUAGAAAUUAUAUUAAGAACAUUUUUGAUAUUACAGUUACUGCUCGUGAUAUCAUCAUUACCUGCAAUGAAAGAUUCCUCAUUUUCUUCAAUAGUGAUGGUCAAUAUUUACUUUCAAGUAGACACUAUAUGAAGUAUUUUCGUUUUAGCAACAGGAUGAUGACAACCGAUGACAAUUAUUUGCUUAUUAAUGGUUGGUGGGAUAAAUAUCCUGAUCUUUCGGAAUAUGAAAGCAUUGUGUGUUUGACACAGACAGGAGAAUACAACAAAAUAUUUUUAAAUGAAAGAAUAGAGAAAGAUGGAGUACAUUUCUGUAGCAUAAACUGUAAAGGACCAAGGUUUGUUGGACGCCGCAUGUACAGAAAUGAAUUAUAUGUUGAAGGUUUGUAUAAGCUUAAUCGGGAAAGAUACACUGUUUGUCGUUUACAAACAGACAAGUGUCCUGUUCAAGUAAAAGAUAUUGAUAUCUCUGAUGAAGGAAAGACAGUUGUGUGUGAAAAAGCCAAUAAUGGAAAUGUUAAAAUAUUUGAUGAAGACGGGGAGCUGCUAUGUCACAGAAAUGUGGCAAGUUUAGUUGGUGGUGUGUGUUUUACGGGGGAAAGAAACAUAAUGGCCACAGUUCCCAAAAGAAAAGAAAUAUUUCAACUGAAUGGAAAAGAUUUGAAGAAAUAUAAAGUUUGGAAAAGUCGAGUGCCUUAUGGUAUAAUUUGGAGAAUAGUGGGAAAUAUUUACUGUUGUGUAUAUAUUAACUUGACUGAAUUUCAUUGCAUAAAGAUUGAUGGGGACCAACUGAACAUUUUGGAAUCUAUGUCGCUAUUCAAUCUUGAUUCUGGUAUUCAUUUCCCGUCUAUGACAUCUGAAAUGAACAAAAGAAUAUUCAGUAAUGAAUUAAUUACUAAAUUGAAAUGCAGUGGAGAAGGAGAUGGAGGAAGAAGAAGAGGUAAAUCAGGUGAAAUAAUUGGUAAAGGUACAUUAAAGGUGAGAUGUGGUAAUUACAUCGCAGAAAGCGUGUCUGGAAUUGAUGAGAUAUUAGUGAGGAGACUGCCACAUAGAACAGCAGUGGCCUUUCUUUCCAUUCCAACAUUCGAUGAACCUGUUAAUUUUGACUAUUGGGACAUUAAAGACCGGAACAGUAAAUUAAUUAAGUUAGAUGACAAUGUCAGUGCGUUGAUGUUUAGAGAAAGUGUCACAUUAAUCAGCACAACUACAGGUGACAUACUUCAACAUAAACGAAUACCACAACAACCACAACAACAACCACCACUGGACAUAUGUCGAUGGACAGAUGAAUGUUUCAUAGUCGUCUUUGCUAAAGAAAUGAUGGUCUUCAACAGAGAUCUCUGUUGUUUAAAAACCAUAAAAACUGAGAAAUACUACAACAGGAUUUAUAAAUACAACGACAAUCAACUUGUGUGUGGUGGUCAUUAUAUUAGAGAUAUAAGUCCACAUGAGAGAAACAAGAAAUACGAAAAAAAAUACUAUUUCUGGAAACCUUCCAUCAGGCUCCUCGACCCCACUUACUUUGACUGCUAUUAUGUCGAUGUAAUUGAUAUCAAUGAUGGGACAUGUAAAUAUGAAGUGUGUCAGGGGAAGACGGCGAUAGAUGAAAACUUAGAUGGAGAUGUGGUAGUAUUUGAUGUAGCAGUCACGUGUUAUGGUGAUGUUGUUGUUACGACUUGGGAAACUGAGGAGGAACAGUGGGGGAGAUAUAAUGGCUAUUUUGUCUGUUGGUACAGGGAACAGUUGCUGGUGAGGAGGAUACAACUACAACCACCAGUUGAUAUAGAUACUUAUCAUAUUUUCAGACCUUGUCUCACCGUAAUAGGUGAAUAUGUUUAUAUAACAGACAUAAAAAACAAUAUUUACCAAAUACCUGAACAAAUUGAACUGGAGAAAUCUGAAGACAUUGAAAAGUAUUUACUCCUCAGAAAUGUUGAUAAUGAAGUCUACCAUGUUCUUGGUUUUGAUAUUUCAGAUACUUCUUUCAUGACUUUUGGAAUUAUUCCAGGACGUCAAUCAUUGGCUUUUUUUCAUUAUGAAAAAUAAAUAUCUUGAUAAAUAGCAAA